AUGAGUAAAAUUUUUACACCAAUCCCAGAAGCAUUAGAUGCGUUUAAAAACGGAGAAUUCUUGGUAGUCAUGGAUGACGAAGACCGGGAAAAUGAGGGGGAUUUAAUUAUAGCUGCCGAAUUAAUAACCCAAGAGAAGAUGGCUUUUCUUGUUCGUUACUCUUCUGGAUAUGUCUGUGUCCCAUUAUCCACCGCCAGAGCUGAUGCUUUAGAUUUACAACCUAUGAUAAAAGGUAAGUCUGAUAGACACGGCACUGCUUAUACUGUAACUUGUGAUGUUGCUGAAGGAACAACCACUGGUAUCAGUGCUCAUGAUCGUGCUCUUACUGCCAAUAAAUUGGCAUUUGCCAAGUCUAAACCAGAAGACUUUAUCAGACCAGGCCAUGUUUUACCUUUAAGAGCCGUUCCUGGUUUAUUAAAGGAAAGAAGAGGACACACUGAAGCAGCCGUGCAAUUGUGUGAAUUGACCGGAUUGCAACCAGCUGCAGUUAUUUGUGAAUUGGUGCGAGAUGAAGAUGGUUUAAUGAUGAGAUUGGAUGACUGUAUAAAGUUCAGUGCUGAUCACAAGAUCAAAAUCAUCAACAUUAAACAAUUAGUCGAUUACAUCAAUUGA